AUGAAAGAAGACCAAGACCAAGACCAAUACCAAGAAGCUGCCACCGGCGAGAAGCGGAAGCUGGAAGACAGCAGCAUCAGCAUCCUACUGGCCAAGCAGAAAGCUCAGGAAAUCGCAGCCCGACUCGUAAGCGACGCCGAGUCAAAGCGUCCUCGACUCGAGGAGGAGCAGCCCUACCGCCAACCCAGCCCCGUCUACAACCCUCCUCCUUACCCUGUUUUUACUCCGCAAUCAGGACAGUCUUAUGGUUCUCCAAGCACAAGCAAGAAAAUAACUAUACCAAAUGGGAAGGUUGGGGUAAUUAUUGGAAAACAAGGAGAAACGAUAAAAAGUCUACAACUUCAGUCAGGAGCCAAAAUUCAGAUAACCCGGGAUUCAGAAGCUGAUCCUACUUCUCUUACGAGGGAUGUGGACUUGACCGGUACACCUGAGCAGAUCAGUAGGGCGGAACAACUUAUCAGUGAUGUCCUAGCAGAGGCAGAUGCAGGGGUCUCUGCUCCGUCUACAAAUCAGGGAUUCAACUCAAUGCAACCUGGAUCAGAACAGUUUAUCAUGAAAGUACCCACUAAUAAGGUUGCUUUGAUCAUUGGCAAGGGAGGCGAGACGAUCAGGACCAUGCAAAGCAAGUCAGGAGCUCGUAUUCAGGUGGUACCAUUGCACCCUCCUCCUGGUGAUAUGUCAACUGAGAGAUCAGUACAUAUAAAUGGAACGACAGAGCAAAUUGAGGCAGCCAAAGAAUUGGUCAAUGAAGUAAUCAGCGGGAAGCGUAUAGUAAAUCCCUCUGGAACCAAUAGCUAUAUGCAGCAGUCUUACCCCCCUCCUGGUAGUUGGGCCCCACCAGGACAAGCUCCAAUUCAGCAACAGCAGCCCCAUUAUGGGUAUGCACAACCAGGAAGUUAUGCCCCUCCUGCCUCAUACUAUGGCAACUAUCCUACGCAGGUAGCAGGUUGGGAUCAAUCAAACCAAGUAGCCAUGUCCCAGCCGCCUCAAGACAGUAGUGGAUACAAUUACUAUGGACAACCACCUCAGCUGGGGUCAGCUCCCCAAAAUCCUAGCUACGACUACAAUCAGACACCUCCCGUCGCCAUCCAUGGUUAUGAUCAGGGAUAUGCUCAGCAGCCACCGAGUUAUGGAGGCCAAGCUCCAGUAUCUGAUUACCAGCAACAAUAUGCAACUACAGGAUAUGGACCACCUGCGGUGCCAUCCAGUGCGGAUGCAACUGCUUCUCAAAGUACCCAGCCUUCAGCUGCUUAUCCAGUUCCAUACAGCCAGCCAACAGCCAACCCUCAGGCUGGGUAUUGGACUCAUCCAAGCAGCACAGGCCAGGCACAUCCUGGUUAUUACCAAACAGGUUAUGGAGGGCAGCAGGGGGUUGAAGACCCUUCUGCAGCAUCUCAGCCCGCAGCAUAUGGACAUGGUGAGUACCAUCAGCCAGAGCCUUCACAUUACGCCCCAGCAGUGAAUCCGCCUACAAACAGCGAGUCACAGCAUCAGCAGCAAGACCACUCACAGCUUCCAAGCAAUGGAUAUGAAGAGCCAUCAGGUUAUGGUGGGGAAAGAACCGGCGACAAGAAUUCAGAUGGAGAUGUGUCGGCCCCUGCAACAGAGACUGUUGGUUCUGAAAGCUGAUAUCGUAGCUGGUUAAGGAUGUCAUCUCUUACAUAUUUCCUUCCGUUCUUUCUCUUUUCUUUCUUGAAAUGAUUUUUUAUAUUGCUCUCACAUACCAUCUGUGUGGCUGCAGGACAUAAUAUUUCUAGUCUUAACAUGUAGGAAUAUCUUGCUAGACAGCCGUUUAUUGUGUUCAUAUGUGAUGAUUAGCCGUCAACCGGCUGUCUGUGAGUCGAUGUUUUGCGGAUCUCUAGUUCUAUGUUAAUUUAAUUCCGUAAUACUUUCAGUCCCGAGGUCCAUGAAAUAUUUGUAAUCGAAUGGCGCCAUAUGAGCACGAAGGUAAUUUUUGUUGUUUGGUGAACGUAUAAGACAGUUUGCCUGCGUUUGAUA